CGGCGCGUGCGCAUGUGUUGUCUGUGAUAAGUGAUAAUAUCAAAAUGUUAUGGUUUUCUACACCUGAUGGUAAAUACAGGCUCGAGUCGUUGUCACCCGCUUCGUUCGCCGGGGCUCUGCGAGUGAUACGAGAGUCCUUCUGUCAGGAUGAGUACAUCAGCAGAGGGUCUGAGGUGAACAAGAAUCCGGUGGCCACGGAGGAGCUGCUGGAGCUGUGCGCUGAUGCUGCACUGGACGGAGUAUCCCUGGUGGUCAUUGACAAUGACACGGAGGAAGUCACUGCGGUGGCCUUCAACAAGAUACAGGUUAAAGCUGGUGAUACGUCAGAGAAGCCGUUCUUCGAAAUUUUCGCCGAGCAGCGCUGCACACAGGGCUCGUCGCGCUCUCUUAUACAAUUUAUGGCGAACGUCGACGAGAGGUGCAAUUUAUUCCAAAAAUACAACGUCGACUGCAGCUUAGAGAUAAUGUUCCUAGCCACGCUCAAAGAGCAUCGGUACAAGAAACUCGGGUUUUACCUUUGCAAAUAUUCCAUAGAAGUCGCUAAGAGUUACAAGAGCGCUAUAUCAGAGAUGACUGUUGACGAUUUGGGGCCGCAAUACAGGCACAUAAAGGCAAGGCAUCCAUUUUCGGAGGAGCCGAAGAUCUGUCAGGCCAUUUGGACGUCGAGUGGCUCGCAAAAGAUCGGCAAGGCGUUGGAUUUCACUGUGCAUUUGACAGUGCCACUUUCGGAGUUCGUAUUCAACGGCCAAACUUAUGCUGAGCGUCUCGGGCAGCCAGAGGCGUAUUGUGAGGUCGCCGCUUACCGUUUUUAAAGGAAUUUUGUAAGAAUUAUUUUAUGUGAAAGGACGAAAUAAAUGUAUGUA